UUCGUCAGUGUUUGUCACCUCCUCCUUUCGUCAGUGUUCCCCUCCUCCCGUUCAUUCCUCCCCUACCGUACAGUACGUUUUAGCCCUCGCCGUAAAAAUCCCACAGCGAUUCAUGGUACCGACCCUCACCAUUCUCCGCAAUCCUCCAUUUCAUCAAGCUCGUCGCCAUCUUCCGCUGCUCGUCGUACGCCAGCGCGCAGCAACGUGUCGUCAGAGGCGGACUCGUUGCUUCCAACGCGCACAACCGGCUGGUACGACCAGCUAGUGGGGCUCUCUAACAGCAGUCCAAGACCUUGUGCUAUGGCGUCGAGCUGCGUUACGUCACAGUAUUUUACGCCAACCACAGUUACCGCAAUCGCCGCUUUCGCCAGCCCGAUCGCCGCUUUCGCCGACCCGGUGACUUCCACUCCUUCUGUUACUAACAGCUGGAAAUUUCCGCACAUAACGGAACGGAUGGCGAUCACUCCGCUGGAGAUUCCCCGCGACGCCGAUGCAGACUCGGCGAUAGCUUAUCUCAACUUGAAGGACGUCCCACAGUCGCGCCUCGACGAGGUCCCGCACAAUUCGCAUUCAGGCCCGCGAAUGGAGGAACGACGGUCGCGGGCCGAAGUUCGGAAAUCUCCGAACGAGCGUGAGAACGCCGCCGCGGCCGAGGUGCUUCAAAUUGACGCUCGCGAUUUCUCACCAUCGCCGGAGAAGUCGCGAAAUAGCGCACCGUCCGACUUCCUUUCGCUCACUUCUCCGAACCGUGACGCUUCGCCGCCGCCGGCGGAUUUUGGCUCCGCGAGGAUGAUGGAUCUGGCUAAUCAACAAAGCGAGCAGCAGAGGGGAUUUUUAGAGUCCGCGGAAUGCGACUUCGUUCCGCCAACGGUAGUUCUCCCGUCCCGCUACCGAUCACGCCGCGGCGCUUCGUGCAGCGGACCCCGGGAAAUCUUCCCACCCAAAUCGCCGCCGCUGCCCGCCAUGCCGACCAAUUGGGCGAACAUUAGUAGCGGCGCCGCGAGCAAAAGCAACGUGCCUAGUCGGCCGCAAACCGCUGACAGCGCGGUGGCGCGCAGGUGGCGUGGCGGACGAUUCGCCGCAUCGCCGGCGGAUCGUGGCGAGCGGAGGGGUUCUUUCAAACAGAUAGGCGGAAACGGUGGUCCCGAAAGCUGCCGAGGUAGCAGCACGGUUAGAUUUCGUCAGAUAUGUAGCGGUGAAGAAUUAUCGGCGUCGCCGUAUGGCCCUUUUACCGAAUCGGGAUGGGAUGUUCUUAACGCGGACGCUGCUGAUACCAGCCCCAACCAGGCUGAUGUUUUUUCCGCCACUUCGCGGGCUGGUUGGGGCAGCUUGAAUGUUUUACCCCACUCCGCAAGAUCGAGCUCAAUCGGGCAGAACCGCGCAAAAAUCUCGGUGCAACGGAGCCGCAGUCAGGGCCUAUUCAGCGAGAUCCCCGGAGCAAUGUUCGAAGAUGGGCCGGUUGGACGCGCGAUUCAUGAGAAUGGGGAGAGCGACGACGGAGUUGACGGUGGGACGGUUUUCACCAAUGUGGCUACAAACGGGGAUGGAAUGUACUCCAGCUACACUUGCAAGAGUCCCCUCCGCAACAAAAAGAUGGCAAUCGUAAACCAGCGACACCACAAGCGACACUCAAUUGGAGAAAUCGAUGGAAGUCUUUUCGAGGCCUUCAGUGACGAGGACGAGAUAAAGGUACACCCAUCCCCGCCAUUUGGGGACAACGCUAUAGAAGCCACAAUCUCCAGGCCCCAAGACGCGCAGCAGCAUCAGCACCAGAAGCAGCAGCACCCUCAGUCGCAGCAGCAGCAGGGUCAGCGCUUUUCCCGCUCGCAAUCAGUUAGCGACAACCCUUGCGCCACCCGCGUAAUGAUAAGCUCACCUUGCAGCCCUCUCCUGAUAAGCGCGGCUUUAAGCGGAGCUCCCAGUCCCAGGCUGGGAAGCAGGGCGGCUGCGGCUGUGCGGCGCAGCAGAAGCACCAUGGCAUCCCCCUCGUCAUCUUCAGUCGCUGGGCCUUGGUCUACAGCCGCCCCUGCCUCCUCUCCUGCAGCAAUAGUCCCCGUGCCACCGCCGCGCAGUCAGCACAUCUGCAGGAGGAGCAUCAGCAUCUGUGCGGCUGAAGGCAACAGCAUCAGCGCCAGCCUCAGCGGCGGCUGUGGCGGUGGCGCUGGUGCUGCAGGUGGCACUACCCCCCCUGGAGCCGGCAACAAUUUCAGGAGCCCAGCCACACUCCCACCGGCCUCGGCAGUAGCGUGUGCACCAAGAACUGCGUUUUGCCCGAGCCCCAGGUGGGUGGGGAAGCGGUCCCCUGCUGCAGGGGCAUUUAGGAAGAAUGGGUGGAGGCAGCAGGAGGGGAGGCAGCAUGUGCGGUGUCACUCUGUUAGUGAGAUUGACGGGUAUCUGUUUGAAGAGCGGACAGUUGCUGCUCAGGGAAUGCAGGAGUAGAGUGAGGGUGAGGAACGGAUCUCAAGUUUUGGCCCUUUUUUUAGGCAUUGCAAUUGAAUUUCGUUCCCCUUGCUUGUAUUCUGCUAUGUUAUUUAUCGCUACAACC